UGGUGUACUCUGGGCCGAGCUGAGCAGAACCGAACCACACAGAACACAAGCAGCGGAAAUAACGGCUCCACCUUCAAUACCUUCAGAAUAAAAGCUCACUCACGAUCAAGCGUCGCUGUUGUUGGUGCUAUCCGCUGCUAUCACCUUCAUUCCGAUCCGGCACCGAUAAUCCGAGAAUAUCGGACUCAACAUGGCCUGGAGGAGCUGUUCCAUGCUCCGACUGAUCGGAGAGGACACGCUAUGGAGCUCCGUGAGAGGUGGCAGCAGGUGGCCUCACAGCUUUCAGCAGAAAUGUGGUUUCAGAAAAGCUGCUAAAAAACCAGACUCUAAAAAGAUGGAGGAUUGUGGCCCCGCCCACACAGAGUCUGUUGAGGCCGCUGUCCAGCGCCGGACCUCCAUCCCUAACUGUGACCGACAGCCUCCCCCCGACUCCCAGCCAGCCUUCGGCCAGCUAAUCAGACCUUUCCUUUUCACCGUGGGGUUUACAGGGUGCUCCUUUGGCUCGGCAGCCAUCUGGCAGUACGAGUCGCUCAAGUCUCGAGUCCAGAGCUACUUUAAUGAGAUCCGAGCCGAUUGGCUGGAGAAAGUGAGACCUCAGAAACGAGGGGACAUCCGUAAAGAGAUAAACCUAUGGUGGAACAGCUUGUCAGAGGGCCAGAAAACGGUGACAGGAAUCAUUGCUGCUAACGCCGUGGUGUUCUGCUGCUGGAGGGUUCCUCCUCUGCAACGCUUCAUGCUCCGGUACUUCACCUCCAACCCCGCCUCCAAGACUCGCUGCUUGCCGAUGCUCCUUUCCACCUUCAGCCACGUUUCUCUCUUCCACCUGGCUGCUAACAUGUACGUCCUGUGGAGCUUCUCCAGCAGCGCUGUCUCCAUGUUGGGGCGAGAGCAGUUCAUGGCCGUCUACCUGUCUGCAGGUGUGGUUUCUACGUUUGUCAGCUAUGUUUGUAAGAUGUCCAUGGGGAGGUUUGGCCCUUCACUGGGAGCGUCGGGAGCCAUCAUGACCGUCCUUGCUGCCGUUUGCGCCAAAAUCCCCGAAGCUAAGCUAGCCAUCAUCUUCCUGCCGAUGUUCACCUUCACUGCUGCUAACGCUCUGAAGGCCAUCGUUGCCAUGGAUACUGCAGGUUUGCUGCUGGGAUGGAGGUUUUUUGACCACGCUGCUCAUUUAGGAGGAGCCAUGUUUGGAAUCUGGUACGUUUGGUUCGGUCACGAGCUUAUCUGGAUGAACCGGGAACCUUUUGUCAAAGUUUGGCACGACUUGAGGACUCGAGGAGGCGGGAACCGUGGAGGCUCCGUGUAGGACACGGGAACCUGGACUGUGGGGGUGGAGCUGUAACUUGUAUAGAUGUAUAAAGUGUACAGGAUUCCUGCUUCAGCCAGCUUCUGCGAAUCAAACGGGAAGUGUGGAAUUUCAGGGGUGAUGAGGUUUUAUUUAUAAGAUACUGAACCGGUUAUCUUCAUAUUUAGAUUUUCAUAAAAACAAAAAGUAAAGAUCCUUAAAAACUAAAUUUUUUGUGUUUUAAUCAAACCGAAAAUUCUGAGGAGACCAAAAGUUUAUUGUAAACCAAGAAUGGUGGAAUUUUCUGGAUUUAACCAGUUUCACAAAUAAAAAACAUUUCUGAGAUAAA